GGGGGUCACGUGGGGCGGCGCGGGGCCGUCAUGGCGGCGGCGGCGGGGAAGGCGAAGGAGGAGGAGGCGCAGCGGCUGCUGGGCGAGGCCGAGCGGAAGGUCCGCGGGGCUCAGUCCUUCCUCGGGGGCCUCUUCGGGGGCUCCUCACGGCUGGAGGAGGCCUGCGAGUGCUACGCCCGCGCCGCCAACCUCUUCAAGAUGGCCAAAAACUGGAGCCAGGCGGGCUCGGCGUUCUCCCGCGCGGCCGCGCUGCAGCUGCAGCUCCAGAGCAAACACGAGGCCGCCUCCAGCCUCGUGGACGCCGCCAACGCCUUCAGAAAGGCGGAUCCGGAGGAGGCUGUGAACUGCCUGCUCCGCGCCAUCGAGAUCUACACAGACAUGGGCCGUUUCACCAUCGCUGCCAAGCACCACGUGGGCAUCGCUGAGAUCUACGAGAGCGACCUGCUGGACAUCCACAAGGCCGUGGCGCACUUCGAGCAGGCGGCCGAGUUCUACCGGGGCGAGGAAUCCACCAGCUCAGCCAAUAAGUGCCUGCUGAAGGUGGCGGCCUACGCGGCGCAGUUGGAGCAGUUCCCGCGCGCCAUCGACAUCUACGAGCAGGUGGGGGCGGUGGCCAUGGACAGCCCCUUGCUCAAGUACAGCGCCAAGGAGCAUUUCUUCAGGGCAGCCCUCUGCCACUUCUGCAUCGACAUGCUCAACGCCAAGCUGGCGGUGCAGCGGUACGAGGAGAUGUUCCCGGCCUUCUCCGACUGCCGCGAGUGCAAACUGCUCAAGAAGCUGCUGGAGGCGCACGAGGAGCAGAACGUCGACGCCUUCACCGACGCUGUGC